AUGAGCAGCACUGACGAGCAGCACGACGUCUUCUGGGACCUCGAAGCCCGUGGCCACGCUGCCGAGCCGACUACGACGACAAAGGCUGAUGAGACACCCGUACCCAGCGAUGCUGCCAGCCAGCAUGCGACGCUCAGCUUGUUCGAGUCGGUGGUGACAACAUACCCGCCCAUCCUAGAGUCUCUCCUGUGCCAGUUGCCCACAGGCGCCAUCCUCAACGUCUACCACACAUCCACAUACCUGCGCGACUUCCUCCGCAAGUACCCUCUGGCAUGGAAGACGCUGUCCUUCAGGCUGCCGCAGCCGGCGGUCGUCGUGGGAUCUCCGGGCAACGAGACGCCUGAUGGCCGAGACCGGCAGUCCAAGACCUACUCGUUCGACGCCCUCCUGAAGCAGGUCAUAUGUCCGUAUGGGACGCGGUUGAAGAGUUUGGACCUGUGCAACACGGCUGUGUCGGGCAUUGCCUUGGUCGGGAGUGUCCUGGCCCCUCGGAUUGAUACCCUAGAGCACUUGUCGGUUCGGGGAUGCAAGAAUGUCUCCCUCAAGUAUCACAUCGUCCCAUUUCUAGAGCCAUACACUAUGAAGGACUCCCCGUGGAUACAAAAGGACCUGGCCCUCAAGAGUCUCUACACGUACCGAUGCCGACACCACCGCCGACGGCCCUACCUUCCCGCGUCCCUUGCCCGACGAGACUCCGAUUCGGAUCCCACACAUCAACUCAUCGAGAUAUGUCAUCAACUGAGCAUCUGGACCGAUACUGCAUGGUGUCCGACGCCUGGCGGGAGAUGCUACCGUAGAAAAGACUAUCACUCGGGAAGAGCUGGGCCGCAAUCUCUGGAAGUAUGGGUGCCCUUUGACCGGCUCUGGAGAUCUAGUAACCGCAUUGGGCCAACUGAUAGCAAUACAAGGCUUGGGGCUACCGAUGGCAGAUUGUGGGAAAUUGCGGAAUCGGGUCAAGAUGGCGAGCCGCUGGGCACGGAAAACGGGCCGUUCAAAGGCGAGGGCAAACACGUCCCCACACACCUCCGGAAGAGCCACAAGAUGUUCGUCGAGGAUUUCAAAUGCGCACAGUGCAAUGACGCAAUUCUGGAGCGCUGCGAGUCGUGCUGUGUUCGCAUGCAUUGCAUGGGAUGCCGCAAGACGCUUUGCGCCAGUUGUGCCUUCAAUCGACCGAUACCACGGAAGCGGGUAAAGACGCGGCAUUUCCAAAACCUGGCUUUUGGGCUUGGCUCAGCUCUGGGAAGCACAUUAGGACAGGCAUCGGGCUCGUCCGCCUCGCUCGAGAGCCAGCGGAGUGCGAAACUACGCCCAACGAACCGGUUCUGGUGGGCCCCGGGCGCGACGCGGUCGCCAAAUCUCAUGAACGAGGCUGCUCACGGCGAUGAUUCUUCUGAUUCAGAGGAUGGAGGCAAUUUCAAUAAUGGGAUUCCUGCACCGCCCAACAUGAGAGAGCCUCCGAAGCUCAACAUGCAUUGGUGCUGCCUGGAACCGAUAUUUUCUGGUGGAGGUGGGAUAGCUGUGGUCGGGACUGGGCUCGGCGGCAGAGGAGCAGACAACAUUCGCGCUGUUCCCCUGCCUCGUACCAAACAAUUCGAAGACACGGAUUUCUCAAAUCAACUCCCACCCUUAGACUACAUUAGAGAGCUCAAGCAUAACGGGCUCUACGAAUAUGUUCUCGGCGAGGAUGUCGAUAUCCUAUCAUACCUGAAACAGGACAGCCUAGACCUACAAGCCCAGACCUGCCCCCGAGGUCUUUGUCAAGAUUGCUAUCGAAGCUUCAGGUGGAAGGUAUCUUGCCGGUGCUGCAAGAACCCACUAUGCAAGGAGCAUGAUUUUAGGGGUUUGAAGUUCCGCAAAUGCGGGUUUAGAGACAUGCACACAGAACGGGAAUAUGUCCGAACACAUCAUGAACCUCCUCGACUGGCCAUUCCUGAUUUCAAUCCGAACAAGCCCAAAGGUAAGGACCUGCUCAAUGCAUCCUCAAUACAACAACCGUCUGUGGCCUCCGAUAGUGAUCCCGAAACUUCGGAACCAACUCCAAUGUCUCAAUCUCAAAUACUCGUCCCUCCUUCAAUACCCUCCGCUGUAGACAUGUCCGCUUCUGCCUCACUAUCAUCUCACGCAUCCUCCACGGACCCUUUCCUAACCCCGAGCUCCUUACCAUUCGUUCCUGUUAGUUCCUCCCGUCCCCGCUCGUUCAGUGCAUCUGGUGUUCGAGGUCGAAAUUCUGGCUCUUGGCCCAACUCACCUCGUGCUGUCAACCCAAUCACCAAUCCGCUUCCGCUUCCUUGCCAUCCCCGCCACCCUGUUCAGUGGGAGGGCUGCGGAUCGUACUUUUGUCAGUACCCUCGACCAGUUGGUGACAAUAGGAAUCAAUGUCCAGCCAUACUCAAGGAAUGCACAGAGUGCCAAGUAUUAGUGUGUGAUGCCUGCGCUGCUGCAAAUCCAUCAUGCACAUGUACCUACUGCACGAUAAACUACCAUUGCCCCCACUGUACCCGCAAGAAAGAAGUCGUGGCAAAAUGCCGACUUGAGGAGGAAAUCAAGGCAAAGAAAGAAGCCGAACUGCGGGCAAAGGAGAAGAUGGAAAAGGAAAAGGAAGAGCGGGGGCAGGCCGAUGAAAUGGCAGGUGCCGUUGCUGAAUUCUGGUCAUUCUUGACCAACGAAGUUAUGGCAGAACUAGCAGAGACCAGCCCCGGUGGAGAGGUCAUGGGUGAGAAUACACUAGAAGGCCUAGCCGAACUGCCAGCUCCAAGCCCGGAUUCAAUUACAGUCACCACGGAAUUUGGCGUAACCCAGGAACCCAACAGUGUUACUACCAUCUCAGCGGCAGUGCCACCUCCGACCAUUAGUGCAGAGGAAUCUCCCGAGCAGCACGAACAAGCAAUACAGGAGGGCUUUAACGAGAGCAUCCUGCAGGCAACGCCUGUAUUGUCCGCUCCUCCAAUGCCAAUGAGUUUCGAGCUUGAAGUCGAGCCAGAGGACAUGGACAUGGUAGAUGACGAGGAAGAUGAUGCAGAUUUCGAGGAUGAUGAUAUCGAUGCGGAGAGCGCGCUGAUUGAUGAGUUUAUCGAUGACGGGGCGCUCACCCCUAUCACAACGACGGAUACAUAA